AUGUCGAAUGAGCUCAAAUCACAAACACCAUGUAAUUAUGGAUCCACACAUGUAGAUUUGUACGACGAUGAACAUACCCCUCGAAGUGCUUUUACCAAUCAUGAUGAUGAAAUAGAUGAACAACACUCAUUUCCAGUGUUGUGUGAUUCACAAUUAAUUCAUGAAGAAACACAUGAUGAAUCUAGAUGCAAUAUUCAAUCGCCAACCAAUUGUAAUUUGAACACGAGAGAGACAAGGAAACAGAGAAAUACAACCAAACAACAACAAUUGUCAAAAGUCAUCCAGCCAGGCACUUCUGUUACCCCUCCUCCAUUAUUCACAAAUUUCAAAAUAUCCAAGCCCAAGAAAUUAAGGAUGACACAAUACACCGUUUCCAAAGGAAAGCUAACCACCAUUCGCAAGAAUGAUCUCAUAGAGAGAUCUUGUAUUUCAACCACAGGAAAUGAACAUUCCCCAUCCAAUCCAACGCAACAACCGCCAUCAAUUCAAAACCAACAACCACAAGAACGAAUAGAACCCAUAAUUCACUCCAAUACAAUAUUGAGAGCAUUACUCUUAGGUUUAUUUUGUGGUAUGCAUCUCCAAUGGCAACACGCUGGAAUGUCAAUUCUCAACAAUGUUCCUGUUGGUUUCAAGAGUGAAACGAUGGCAUCUCCUGCCAACAAUGCGACAUCUGAAGAAUCAAUAACAUCUUUCAAUCAGACACCAACAACAACAACCAGACGCUUAGUCAGAACAUCAAUCUCAAUACAAGAAUUACUUAAUUAA